AUGACAGAUGACAUAGAACAUUUUGCUGAUGUUGGUUCUUUGGAUGAUAAUGUGGAGUCAUUUCUAUCACAUGAUGGAGGAGAUGGAAGAGAUUUAUAUGGCACGUUAAAGCAAACUCUUAAUGAGCACAAACCAGAAUCUUCCAAGGGUUUUUCCUUUGAGGAAGUUGGAUGCAUACGAACAAGAAAUAAAGUUACCAGCUGUCAUUUUUCCUCUGAUGGGAAGUUGCUAGCUAGUGCUGGACAUGACAAGAAGACUGUUCUGUGGAACAUGGAUACCCUGCAAACAGAGAGCACCCCAGAAGAGCACCAAUACUUAAUUACAGAUGUUCGUUUCAGGCCAAACUCUACUCAGCUAGCAACAGCUUCAUUUGAUAAGUCUGUGAGAUUAUGGGAUGCAGCUAACCCAAGCUACUGUUUGCAUGCCUAUACAGGGCACACUGCGCAUGUUAUGUCCCUAGAUUUCCAUCCCAAGAAGAAUGAUCUUUUCUGCUUUUGUGAUAGCAACUAUGAAAUCCGCUAUUGGAAUAUUAGUCCAUUCUCAUGUGCUCGUGUUUCCAAACAAGGAGGCAAUGCACAAGUGAGAUUUCAACCAGUGAUAGGACGUCAAUUGGCUGCAGCGUCCAAUAAAGUGGUGUCCAUAUUUGAUGUAGAAACCGACCGGCAAACUCAUGCUUUCCAGGAACACAAUGGAGUGGUAAAUUACCUGUGCUGGGAUCUUACAGGCGAUUAUUUGGCAUCUGUCACCGAGGAGUCUGUGAAAGUUUGGUCAUUAGCUUCGGGAGAGUGCAUUCAUGAGCUCAGCUCCAAUGGGAACCAAUUCCAUUCUUGUGUUUUUCAUCCGAGCUAUUCAACUCUCUUGGUGAUUGGUGGAUUGCGGUCGUUGGAGCUGUGGAGCAUGACUGCGAACAAGAGCAUGACAGUUACGGCUCAUGAGAAUAUAAUUGCUGCUUUGGCACAGUCACCUGUCACCGGAAUGGUUGCCUCUGCAAGCCACGACAGCUCCGUCAAGUUAUGGAAAUAA